UCCACAUCUUAAACCUUAUUAUUUUAUUACGAAUGAUCUUUACACCUAAUUAGCAGCAACAAAAAUUUGGAGGCGACCACUGGUUAACACGUACCGGGUACUAACCAUUUUUCCUAACAAAGACAUAUUUACACAUCUUCUAAUUGUCUCAUAAAACUAUAUAAUAUAAAAAUAAUAAAAACAAAAUAUUGGCGAGAAAAAUCAAACGAAUGUGGUAGGUGAAUGAUUUGACGGAAUCACCCUCAAAGACUAUCUUUUCGAAAAAAAAUCUAACUUACUAGUCUUCUCUAUCACUAUAUAACCUCUCCCUCCUCCACCAUUAUCUCUCAGCUUGCAAGUUCUCUUAUCAACAAAUAGAACUCCAAGCUUAGCUUUGUACUGUACUUUAAAUACGCAGUCGUUUUAUAGUUCUUUAGUUUUUUUUUCCCUCCAAAUAAUUCAACUCAAGAAUCAUGCAAGCUGUUUCUUCUACCUUCUCCUGUGAUCUCAAAUCCAUGAUUCAAACGAAUCCAACGGCUAAAAACGCGCGUUACUCUCACGUAAACAGAAACCGCGUGCCUGUUCGUUGCAGUUACAGGUCUGAAUCGUUUAGCUUCCCUAAUGGUAUAGGCUCGAGCCGAGCUGAUUGGCAAAGCUCAUGCGCCAUCUUAGCAAGCAAAGUGGCUUCCGCUGAAAAUGCCAGCUCAGCCGAUCAAGUAACUACCGUUAACGGAGACAGUAACGGCUCCGUUAAUCUCAGCCUCGUUCCGUUGGAUUCGAAAAACGGCAAGCAUGGAUUGAUUCAGCCGUUAACGAACACAGAUCUCUCCCCCGCGCCGUCUCACGGAUCUACCCUCCGCGUAGCGUAUCAAGGAGUUCCCGGCGCGUACUCCGAAGCCGCCGCCGGAAAAGCUUACCCUAACUCCGAAGCCAUCCCGUGCGACCAGUUCGACGUCGCGUUUCAGGCGGUGGAGCUCUGGAUCGCCGAUCGCGCCGUCCUCCCCGUCGAGAACUCCCUCGGCGGCUCGAUCCACAGAAACUACGACCUCCUCCUCCGUCACCGUCUCCACAUCGUCGGCGAAGUUCAGAUCCCCGUCCACCACUGCCUCCUCGCUCUCCCCGGAGUCCGUCCCGAUCGCAUCCGCCGCGUGAUCUCGCAUCCACAGGCUCUCGCUCAAACCGAAGGAUCGCUCAACAAACUCACUCCCAAAGCCGCGAUCGAGGCGUUCCACGACACAGCCGCGGCGGCGGAGUACAUCGCGACGAACGGAUUACAAGAUACGGCCGCUGUAGCGAGCGCGAGAGCUGCCGAGCUCUACGGACUCCAGAUCCUCGCCGACGGGAUCCAAGACGACGCCGGAAACGUCACUCGUUUCCUCAUGCUCGCGCGCGAUCCGAUCAUCCCUCGCACCGAUCGUCCUUUCAAGACGAGCAUCGUCUUCGCCGCGCAGGAGCGCGAGGGAACCAGCGUUCUCUUCAAAGUGCUUUCCGCGUUUGCGUUUCGGAAUAUCAGCUUGACGAAAAUCGAAUCGCGGCCGCACCAUAACUGCCCCGUGAGAGUCGUUGGAGACGGAAACGUUGGAACGGCGAAGCAGUUUGAGUACACGUUCUAUGUGGAUUUCGAAGCGUCGAUGGCGGAGACGCGUGCGCAGAACGCGCUAUCGGAGGUGCAGGAGUACACGUCAUUCCUCAGGGUGCUGGGAAGUUACCCAAUGGAUGUGACGCCUUGGUCCACGUUACCUAGCGAAGACGUUUGACCGUAUAUUUUGUCUACGUUAUAAUAAUUAACAUAUGAUCCAAAAAUUAUCAUGUUUGUUGAAUUAUAAGAUACGUGAAACAAAAGUAGAAUGUAGAACUCGUUUUGAAUGUGAAAGUAGGGAGGAUAAUAUAUUUUAUUUCUCCUAUGCUACGUCACCCCCCAGACCAAAAAUAUUUUGUAAGCUGAUGCUCAUAUGUUCAAGUGAAAUGCGAUAAUUAUUUAUUGAAUUUUAAUGUUUGGUAUCAGGUGGAAUUAGAUGAAUUAGAUGAAUGUUUUGUGUAGUAUAUAGAGUAAGAGGAGUAAUAAACCAAAGGGAAUAUUCAAGUAUAUGGAAUUUGUACCCCAAGUACUGAGAGUAAUUAAAUCUGAGACACAUGUAUGUGUUAAAAUAUAGUUUAG